AUGGAUAUCCGCUAUAGUUUUCUUGGUACACUCGAUCAUUUUCCCUGUGAAUUAAUAAGAACACUAUGGACUAUUCAAAGUCUAGAUUUAAGUGAACAACAAAAAUUAGAAGAUAGGAAGAACAAUGGGGACAAUGGUGACGAUAAUGAUGGUGAUAGGGUUGCAUUACAUAUGAUGUCUCAGGCAGAGUUUUUAAAUAACCUUGUUGAUGACCAGAUACAGAGAUUAGAGAGACAGAAAGAAGAACUUCUAGAAUUGCACGAGAUAAGAGGUAGAUUUGAGACUUUGAUGAGAAAGAAAGAGGGUGGAGUUAGUGAUGAAUCUACUGCUCACAAGGAACAAACAGGGACAGAUACAAAGAAAAGACCCAGGCUAUUAAUUAAGUUGAAUUUGAAAAAAUACAAAAAGGUACAGAUACAAGAAAAGAAAGCAGACAAAAUAGUAGUGGAGGAAAAAGUUGUUGAAGCACCAAAGAUCGUUCCUCUGGAGCCAACAUAUUGUAUUUGUAAAGAUGUAUCAUAUGGACAAAUGGUUGCUUGUGAUAACCCCAAUUGCCCUACCGAAUGGUUUCAUUACAGUUGUGUUGGCAUUGUUAGAACACCUGUAGGCAAAUGGUAUUGCAGUGAAGAAUGUAAACUAGCAACUAGCAUAAAACCCAAACGUAGUUCUAGAUCAAACGUUCAGCGUGUCAAGAAGAUCAAACAUAAGCGUUGGACAAGGAAACCUGCACGUCAGUGUUAA